CCAUCACUCACAAACCAUCAAUCUGCAACCCAGGCCCCGUUUCCCAUCACCAGAUAUUCAACCCGUCCUUCGAUCUUCCAUCCCCCAUCUCCCAAUCUCUUUCCUUGUCCUCAUCUGCACAACCCAUCGACCACUUCCUCCUCUCGUCAUCAAGUCUCCCGAUUCUUGACAAUGGCCACCGACCGCGAAAGUAAAACAUUUCUUGCGAGGCUCUGUGAGCAGGCUGAGCGCUACGAUGAGAUGGUCAGCUACAUGAAAGAGGUGGCCAACAUGGGCGGCGAGUUGUCUGUUGACGAGAGAAAUCUCCUCUCCGUUGCUUACAAGAACGUCGUCGGGACCCGACGUGCCUCCUGGCGCAUCAUUUCCUCCAUUGAGCAAAAGGAGGAAUCCAAAGGCUCCGACAAACACGUUGCCACCAUUCGCGAGUACCGCCAGAAGAUCGAGAGCGAGCUUGAGAAGGUCUGUCAAGAUGUUCUCGACGUCCUCGACAAAGCCCUCAUCCCAAAAGCCGAAUCUGGAGAGUCCAAGGUCUUCUAUCACAAGAUGAAGGGAGACUACCACCGAUACCUGGCUGAAUUCGCUUCUGGGGAGAAGCGCAAGGUUGCGGCCACUGCCGCUCAUGAGGCCUACAAGAAUGCCACCGAUGUAGCACAGACCGAACUCACCCCUACCCACCCCAUCCGUCUUGGUCUUGCCCUCAACUUCAGCGUCUUCUACUACGAGAUCCUCAACUCCCCCGACCGUGCCUGCCACCUUGCCAAGCAAGCCUUUGACGAUGCCAUUGCCGAGCUCGACUCGCUGUCCGAGGAGUCGUACCGCGACAGCACGCUUAUCAUGCAGUUGCUCCGAGACAACCUAACGCUGUGGACGUCGUCCGAUGGUGGUGAAGGUGAAGCUGGCCCAGCCGGCGAAGCGCCCAAGGAAGACAAGCCCGCCGAGACCGGUGCCUCUGCUGAGCCUGCAGAAAAGACAGAGGCUGCUCCACCUUCCUAGAGAGAUUGCCAACUGGCGGCUGUGCAUUCCUUUCCGCCUUUGGCAACUCUGGCUUACAUCAACUCUCUACGAUUUUUCGGGCAGGAUUAUUGCGCAAAAUGGCAGCACUCGCACUGGCCUCUCUGUGACGAGCUCGGAUUCUAGGUAUUGCACUGGAAGGCGCGUGCAGUGAUUUGUUCAGGCGGGCCCAGAUAAAGGCAGAGAGAGAGAGAGAACUACCAAGACUCCCAGAUCCGGGCAGACUACCUACCCCAAACUAUUCCCCCAACCAUGUCGAAUGCAAUCCCCCCAGGCAAUACUGAUUUCUUCGUUUUAUUGUCUCCUACGAUACCACAUAGCUUUUAGCUCAGGUGGAUUGAUGAAUGGAGUUAGCAAGCGCGUCGCGGAAAGGUCCACAAUCACACUUUGACAUCUGCAACCGUCGUUUCUGGUCAGUGUCUCUUCGUCUCCUAUCUGCGUCUCCCGUUCAUCGACUGCGUUCAUUGCUCUGCCCUUCACAUGUACGCAGCAGUCUCAGCCCACGCCAAUCUCACGCAGGCAGACAUGUGAC